AUGCAAGAAAAGUUUAAUUCAUUAGAUACUCCAGAUACAUAUGAAUCUAGAAUUCGAAAAGUUAUAGUUGGUUUUCAAGAUGCAAUAGUUAUACCAGCAUUAUAUACACAUCUUCCUAACGAUAUUCGCAGUAAUGUAAAAAUGUAUAUGACUAUAAGAGGAGGAACAAAUCAAACAAUAGAUAAUUUCUUUACAGAUCUAAAAAAAUGUUGGAUUGAAUAUCAA